AGGAAAAGUCAUGUCACAGAGGAGGAGCUAUAGGCUUAAAUAAUGGACAGGGCAGUCAGUACUCUUCUGAGUGUAAAUCUUGGUCAGAGGUGGAUGCAAUGCAAACCAUUUUACCAGAAAAUACAACGUCAUAACUUCAUGAGAAGCAUGGAGGCUGAGCUGCACAACUCCUCACCGUCACUCCAGCAUUCUCACCUGUGCAUUUCUCUGGUGAUUCCCUGCCCCCUGGCAUACCCCUUACUGUCAUUUCUGCUGCAUCACAGUCACAGGCCUGAAACUGAAACUGAGUCUAUUUCUGUCACCACCUCCCCUCACACUUCUGGGAAAUCAUGCUAGGAGGGGCUUGGAAACAGAAACAAAGCCAGGGAGCAGGGCCAACAUGGAACAUUUAAGUGCUGCAAAUCAGAGACUCACACAAAAGACCAGAUACUCUUUCAAAGAGCUACACAGAGGAAGACAACAAUGUCACUGCUACAUGUGCCAUACACACAGUCUGUGUCAUUGUCUGUUGGUUCUUGUGUGACGAUCAAAGCGAAACCGAUCAUCUCUUUCAUCAAGGAUCCGCAGCUGCAGGUGGAUUUCCACACUGAGACGAAUGAGCACUCAGACAUUGCCUUCCAUUUCCGAGUGUACUUUGGCCAACGGGUGGUCAUGAACAGUCGUGUGCGUGGGGCCUGGCAGCAUGAGGUGACAUGCCACAAUAUGCCCUUUGAGGAUGGCAAACCGUUUGACCUGUGCAUCUCCCUGCAGGACAAUGAGUACCAGGUACUGGUAAAUGGCAAACACAGUUACAGCUUUCCUCAUCGAUUCCCACCAUAUUAUGUGAAGAUGGUGCAAGUAUGGCGGGAUAUCUCCCUGACUUCCAUCUGUGUCUGCAAUUCAGGGUGAUGUACACACUCCUUGUUGUUGGGGAACAACAGAAACUCCUCAUUUCUUUGUGACCAUGGAAUUCCCAGAGCCUGCAAACAGAAUGAUCUCUCCUUAUGCCUUCCCCUACCCUUGGUCAUUAAAACUUCACCAAAUUUUUCAUCA